GCAUAUUCAUGACGUCCAUGAUCCCGAUUUUGGUCCGAAAAUUGAAAACGCGACGCUUAUUAGCUCAUGGAUGUUGUUGUUGUUGCACUCCAAGCGUCUUCGUCGAGAGCAACUCCGGUCAUGGUGUUCGCCAGUCUUCUCUCCUUCACAGGAGAGAUGGCAACCUUCUCACAAGUCCUUUUGGCGCUACCAAUGGCUCUGGAUCUGCUCGGUCCACCUUCAUUCCUCCUCCUCUCUCUCCUCUUCACGCUUCACCAUAUUGUUUAUUCUACACUGCGGCUACUUCUGAAGAAUACCGCAUUUGCUCCUCUCAUCAGUAUCCUAUCGUUCCUCUCGCCAUUCAUAUCGGGCUCUUUAGUCCUGCUUACCUUGUUCUUCUACCUCAACCCACCCUCACAAACACAUUCUUCCUCCCUUUUCCCAACAUUGACUCAUGUGUUGGUCGAUGUCCUGCCUUAUCUCUACGCCUCUAUACUUCGAUGGGUAUCUCCGUUAUUUACAUUGCUGGAAGGCGUCUGCACUCUGCUUGUGAUACAGGUCGUCGGCAGGGUAGGCAAAGGCUGGGCGGAUGAGGAGGAAAAGGAGGAAGGCAUCGAGUGGAGGAGUCUUGCCGGAUUGAUCCUUGCCGCAUUAGUCUACAGCGCUGGACUGGCAGGAAUCAUCAUGUCCUUCCCGACAUCAUCCACAUUCCCCGCGUUCCUGCUUGGCGCCGCUCUGACUUCGGUGCUCUUCUUAUCCCUCAUCGGCUUCACGCUACGCCGGACGAACGUACUCGAGACAAGUCUAGUCUUUGUCUAUGUUGCGUACUGCUCUUGGCUCUCGGGCAUCGAGGCGGCUAUGGAACCUCGACAGUAUGGCUCCGGUUGGCUUUCUCCGUCACCUUCCUGGACCUCAAAGUCUCUUCCAACGAGCACACCCGAUGUCAAAUCUUUAGCGACGAAAGCUCUGGUCGGCAUAGCAGACUCGUUUGUCUCGGUCGCUCGCACUUUGCCGCCACAUUUGCUGUUGUCUCUUAUCUACAGAGUGACCGUCAUGCACUUGGCGGCUCGCAUAGUACCGGUCAUCAGAAAGAGCUCCAUGGGAUGGGAUGAUGGUAUAGACAGUGCUGCUCCGGGAUUCUGGGACGGCAGAAGUUUGGGAGAAGAGCCAGCCAAUAUGCGAAUCGCCACGGUCGUAUUGGCUUAUCGCAGGACCAUCCUGAUAGCUGUCUACACGCAUCUGUUAUUACUCGACGCGGGAUCCCAGACGUGGUGGCGAUGGAUCAAUAUUGCACUCUUCCUCGCUGUAUGGAGCCUGGAGCUGCUGUUAGACGCAGACGACGAUGCAGACAGCGUCACUAGAUGGAAAGUGGAGUGAUACAUGUGCAUGACCAUUUGAAGGGAUAAGUGUCAUGGGCCGACCCACCGCACUGAGCCGCAGGCAGACAUCAGGGCAUAAAACUAAUACUGCGUCUUGGCCCUGUUGCAGCGAUAACAGGGAUGAAUCCGCUACGAUGGGGAAGUGUACCUGUAAGACUGACUCAACGUCAUAGAUGACUUGACAUUGAGGGACCACUAUGAAGCUAAAGGAACGAUCACACAGCGGUCUUUGACUUGGACCGCUACGAUCUUCAAUGCCGGA